GGGACUGGGAAAAAAAAAGUUUCCCCCUUCCCUGCCCCCUCACCCCCCACAUAUAAAAGAUUAGACCUCCAAAACAAACACUGCCAACUCACUAAAAAUAAAGUAAAGGGUGUAAGGAAUAACAGCUGCUGGCAGGGCAGCUACAUUCGACGGCGCCCCUUUCACUGAGAGUGGGAGUGCAAGACAUUUGUUGUUUGAGUGAAACAGGAAACAGUGUCCCUAAACACUAAAUCGCUUUUAAAAGACUCCCACUCGUCAGGUAUUGUUUUACCCGCUGACAUUUGCUCCCAAUCUACUUUUGCUGAGGGCUCACUUGCACUAUUGAAAUCAGCAUUCUCCAUUUUAGCUUAACCUGAAGAUAAACUUUAUCCUUUUCCAUAACUGCUUUGAAGCAUACAUGGUGAUCAUGUUUUAAAAAUGCCCGUAAAUGACAUUUCCACCACCUACCCAGUAUAGGUAGUUCGUGAAAUGUCACCGCAAGUUAAUGGACCUCCAUCUUCACAGUUCAAUUCCCUUUUGUUUCAGAUUCUGUCGACGUCAGUGGGGUUCUGGAUGCACCAGAGGUGAUGAUCAAUGGCACCAUAUUUACCAGCAAGUGGUGCCAUAUCUGUAAGAUCUACCGUCCCCCAAGAUGUCGACACUGCUACAGCUGCGAUGUGUGUAUAGAGGAUCUUGACCAUCACUGGUUCUUCCUUAAAAAGUGCAUUGGGAAAAGAAAUCAUCAUUUUUUCUACACUUUACUCUUUUCCUUAACUGUCUAUUUUCUUCUCAUGUUUUCCUUCUGCACUAUCUUUCUAGUGAAAAAUCCCAAUGCACUAUUUCUAUCCAAGAUCACCACUUUUAUUCUUGCUACAAUUUCGCUUCUUGCUUCUGUACCGUUAUCUUUAUUUUUCGCUUUCCACACUUACCUCAUCGCAGCUGGACUGACCACGUAUGAGCAGAUUUUGAGGACAUAUCAAAAUGAUAAGAAUCCUUUUCACAAAGGAUGUUGGAGAAACUUUACUGCCCUGUUGUUCGGUAACCAGCUAUCGAGUUGUAAAACUGCAGUCACUGUGAUCCCAGGUCAUAUGGUGGAAUGUCCAUCCGUCAGUUCAAAGUGUGCAGACACCACAUCUACGACUUUUAUAUCCAUCCUAUCUCGUUCCAAUGCUGUUGUUCCACUACCUGUCACUUUUGUGCCUACUUUGCCCAACCGCCCUCAAAGUGCCCCCUUGCCCACGUUCUCUUACCUUAACGAAAACUCUGGUGUUCCAUUUCAAACUCUUUCCUCUCAACUAUUUACCUGUUACCACAUUAUCUACCCAUUCCCCUGACAAUACCCACUCCAGCUCCCUCUCCUUAUAAAUGUCCUGCCUAAACCUUAACUUCCACUGCUCGAAUCAACAGAACUGGAACAAAUAUAACAAACUAUUUUCCUUGUUACCUUCCCACCCCACUUCCC